AUGAAGAUCACUGCCCUCGUCUCGCUGGCCGUUGCCGUGCUGGCCUUCACUGAUGCCUCUCCGAUCAACAGAAGGCCCCAUCCUCACCAAGGUGGUUUCUCCGUCCCCAUGACGCGUAACCCCCACUUCAAGCACAACACCAAGGCCCAGAUCGCCAAGUUGAACAAGCGUUAUCCCGGCCGUAUCCUUGCUGCCUCUUCCGGAUCCGUCCCUCUGGUCAAUGUUGACAACGAUCUGGAGUACUACGGAAGCGUCUCCGUCGGUACUCCCGCCCAAGUUGUCAAGCUGGAUUUCGAUACCAAUUUCGAUUAA